AGCAUCAGCCCCACUGGGAAGGGAAAGGAGAAAUUAUUUGAACUUGGACAUUUGGCGUUUCCUGGGGUUUGCAGACUGUUGGGGCAUAGGAGGCACCCCGAAAAGACUUCAGAGUGAGUACAGCGAAACGAAACCUGUUCUAAGUGCAACCAGGAUGUAGUGAGGAGCUAUAAUCAAAACUUAGCAGACGUUCUCGGCUACAGAGUUUGAGUUUUAGUGUUUCUAAUCUCGAGAAACCGGACCAUUUUGCAUUCAACAUUGAGUACCUCUGAUUUAUUUUCUGAAACGUUUUUUGGAGAGCUAAUUAAACAUGGAACGUUCCGUUUUCUCACCUUUUCUCUUAAUUUUUGAAGUGGUGGUGGGAUCUUUUAGAAGUAAACCAUAAAGCUUUUCAUAUAACCAAGACCAUAAAGUCUGCAUCACGGUGUCUUCGCAUCCUUCCCAGCCCCGUCGAAGUCCACAGUGAAAUGGAUGUUCUCAGGACGCUCCCAAAGACAGGAGCCCAACAAUGUCUCUGUAUUGCAGAACAGUUUGCAGGAGGAAAUCUUUUUGGUGCUGUAGGCUGCUGUCAACGUAUGUCACUAAGAUGCGAUACUUAUUUGAAUUGAAGGAAGAUAAUGAGGCCUGCAGGAAGGCUCAGCAGACCGGAGUGUUUUACCUCUUUCAUGACCUGGCUCCUUUGCUGCAGCAGGCAUCGGGACAUCGAUAUCUGGUCCCUCGGCUUAGCCGAGCAGAGUUGGAAGGGCUGCUGGGUAAGUUUAGACAGGACUCACAAAGAAUAGAAGAUUCAGUGCUGAUUGGAUGCUCCAACCAGCAUGAAGCAUGGUUUGCUUUGGAUCUGGGUCUGAAGAGCGCAUCCUCCGUCCACGCCCCCUUGCCAAAAUCUGAAAUAGAGGCAGAGCUCAGAGGUUCUUUCAUCACACUGAGGCAGGCUGUUUUUCAGCUGAACUCGAUGGAUUCCUCCUUGCUGUUCACGGCUCAGGCUCUCCUCCGCUGGCACGACGGUCAUCAGUUCUGCAGCAGAAGCGGGCAGCCUACUGAGAAGAACAUGGCCGGUAGCAAGCGAGUGUGCCCUUCCAAUAAGAUCAUCUACUAUCCACAGAUGGCCCCUGUGGUGAUCACGCUGGUGACGGACGGGGCCCGGUGCCUGCUCGCCCGCCAGAGCUCCUUCCCCAAAGGGUUGUACUCUGCCCUGGCAGGCUUCUGUGACAUAGGUGAAAGUGUGGAAGAGGCCGUCCAGCGGGAAGUUGCAGAAGAGGUGGGCCUGGAAGUGGAGAACCUGCGGUACUCCGCGUCCCAGCACUGGCCCUUUCCCAACAGCUCACUCAUGAUUGCCUGUCAUGCAACCGUGAAACCAGGGCAGACAGAGAUCCAGGUGAAUCGGAGAGAGCUAGAAGCAGCUGCCUGGUUCAGUCUUGACGAGGUGGCCACAGCCCUGAGGAGAAAGGGCUCCUUUAUGCAGCAGCAGAGUGAUGCUGUCCCAUUGAUGUUGCCGCCCAAGUUAGCCAUUGCCCACCACAUGAUUAAGAGCUGGGUGGAAACACAGACCUGUUCUUCCCUGGCUGCUUAGCUCAAAUCAAGCUGUCUGGAUCCCUCCCCGGCGUUGCUGAAGGGCAUGCCAGAGAUCUACUGUAAGGGGGGGGGGUGGCAAAGUCAGCUCCAGGGCAGCCUCCUAAGGCAGAGGAGCUCUGAGAAGUUCCUGUUGCCAAAAGAGGUUCCCAGUCACGGACCACCAAAAAUGUCAGUGUAACCUGGAUAGAGCAGCCUGUACCCGCGCUUGUGACCCGCGCUUAUCCUAGCUACUUUGGAGGCUGAGGCAAGAGCAUCACUUUCUCCCAGGACAACGUGGGAAACACAUCGAGACCCCGUCUCUUUGACAAAACAAAACAAAAACUCUAAGGAGAAAAGGUGAUUGAUGAGAUGCUAACCAUGAAACGCUGAGGGAAAAGUGCUGGUUCGUGUGGAUGGAGGCCAUUUCUCCAAGGCUAUAGGAGCAAACAUCUUCUGGCACCUGGCUCAUGGAUGUUGCAUUUACAGGAACUGCCAAAUGUGCCUGGAGUACUUUAUCUUAGUAUCUACACUAUCAACAAAUCUCAGCUCACAUUUGAGUUGCUUCUGUCCUCACAGAAAAAUAGCAUAAUAUUAUGUUUUUGAAUUUGUGUGUAGGUAUAUUCUUUUAAAAAUUGUAUUAUUGUGUUUGCCUGCAUGUAUGUCUUUGCACAGCAUGCAUGCCUAGUUCCUGUGGAGGCCAGAAGAGGGCGUCGGAUCCCCUGGAACUGGAGUUACAGACUAUGGUGAGCUGCCAUGUGGGUGCUGGGACUCAAACUUGGGUCUUCUGGAAGACAGCCACUAUAGGUAUCUUCUUAUAUGUAGUAGUUAAAGUUGACUGUUUAGUAGUUGUUGUUGCUAGAGCUCGAACCCAGGGCCUUAUACAUGGCAGGCAAGUGCUGUACCAUGGAGGCACGUCCUCAGCCCAAAAAUUAUGGUUUUGGUUUUGUUUUUAAGCUCUGAAGGGCUAAGGACAGUGGGAGCAAAGGUCUUCCUCAGCAUACUCUACAGAGGCGGUGGUUUUUUGAAGUAGCUAAACUCCAGAAGGGCUGGAGAUGAUUCAAAAGACUAAGUUGUCAUUCUGACUCUUUCACUUGCUCAGUUUGUGACCAGGGAAGAGACUAAACAUAAAACAGUCCUGGGUCUGCACACCCAGAGAGUGCUGCUUCAUCUAAGGGAACGGCGAGGCUAAGCAAACACCAGCCUGAAGCUGGAAUCACAUACGGCCCCCGCCCACGGUGCUAGAGGCUGAACUCUCACACCGAGGCAAGCCUGUCGCUGAGCUGUACCCCAGCCCCUGUGUCCUCUGUAUCUUGGAAGAAAGAAGACCCUGGAGGAAAUAGAUUUUCAUGCCUUUAUUCAGA